UCCUCCUGGUCUCAGGGCAGACAGAUAUUUCUAAAUUUUUACUUUUCUUUAUGAUUGAUUGCUUAGUAUUAUCUGGUCUUAGGGCAGAGACCAUUAUUUUUCACAUUGUCCCAGGGCAGGUAAAUUCCUCCUGGUCUCAGGGCAGACAGAUAUUUCUAGAUUUUGACUUUUCUUUAUGACUGUUUAGUAUUAUCUGGUCUUAGGGCAGAGACCAUUAUUUUUCACAUUGUCCCAGGGCAGGUGAAUCCCUCCUGGUCUCAGGGCAGACAGAUAUUUCUAGAUUUUGUCUUUUCCUCAUGACUGUUUAAUCUUAUCUGGUCCCAGGGCAGCUAAGUCCCUCCUGGUCUCAGGGCAGAAGUCGUAUUUUUCUCUUCUCAGGGCAACAUAGUUGGACAAAAGGGAGUCAGCUGUCUUCUCUGGUCUCAGGGCAGAAGUUGUCCCAGGGCAGGUGAAUUCCUCCUGGUCUCAGGGCAGACAGAUAUUUCUAAAUUUUUACUUUUCUUUAUGAUUGAUUGCUUAGUAUUAUCUGGUCUUAGGGCAGAGACCAUUAUUUUUCACAUUGUCCCAGGGCAGGUAAAUUCCUCCUGGUCUCAGGGCAGACAGAUAUUUCUAGAUUUUGACUUUUCUUUAUGACUGUUUAGUAUUAUCUGGUCUUAGGGCAGAGACCAUUAUUUUUCACAUUGUCCCAGGGCAGGUGAAUCCCUCCUGGUCUCAGGGCAGACAGAUAUUUCUAGAUUUUGUCUUUUCCUCAUGACUGUUUAAUCUUAUCUGGUCCCAGGGCAGCUAAGUCCCUCCUGGUCUCAGGGGAGAAGUCGUAUUUUUCUCUUCUCAGGGCAACAUAGUUGGACAAAAGGGAGUCAGCUGUCUUCUCUGGUCUCAGGGCAGAAGUCAUAUUUUUAAUGUAUUAUUUAGUAUAUUAGUAGUAGGGCUGUCACGAAAUGAUAUUGCGAUUAUCACAUCCAAAAUAAAAGUUUGUAUUUACAUAAUAAAUGUGUGUGUACUGUGUAUAAUUAUUUUGUAUAUUUAAAAACACAUACGUGCAUUUAUAUAUUUAAGAAAAAAAAAUUAUUUAGAUAUAAUUAUAUAUUAAUCUAUAAACAGUAUAUACAUGCAAAUCUUCUUAAAUAUAUACAAGCAUGUAUACACAGUACACACACGCUUAUAUGUAAAUACAAACUUUUAUUUGUAUUUUUAUAAUUUGCAUUGCUGCCUGCAAGACGCUACUGAGGGCUCAAUUUUCCAUCAAGCGAAAAAGAAGUCAGGGGAGAGAUAAAUUCAGCCAAGACUUGUAAAAUAGAAAAGCGCAAGAUGAAAAGACAUGUUUAUUUUCUUAUUAUUAUAAUAUAGACUAUGUAAGUUAAAUAUUCAAAAUAUUUAUCAGAACCGAUCAGUUUGAUGCUUAGCCUGUGUUUCUCCAAAAAUCUAUACGUUCAAGUAUAGUGUCAUUUCUAAUUUCAGAAUAUGGCGACACAUUGGGUGAAUGGUGUUAAAAAACGGUUGAAGAAGCCAUGUGACUCCAGGGUCCACCAAGAAGUUCUUAUUAUUAGGGGGGAUGCCAAGGAGUUCAUGGAGGGUUACAUCAAUGAAGUGCAGGAGAAGGAGCAUUGCUACUUCAGACCACCAGUCUGCCCCCGGCAAGACUAUUAUUACUAUGGCUGUGAUCGUGGGAAUCAUGCUGCAGGCAAAAGUAAGGGAGAAGCCACACAAACUCGGGCCAAUUCUUGCAAGGCAUACAUCUCUUUCAAAGUCAUCACGGAUGCCGGAAUAUCAGGUGCCAUAAUCCAAAAGAUGCUACAACACACUGGCCAUGACGAGGCUAAUUCUAAAGAGAAAAACCGCAUCCAUCCAGACCUGCAUUCCCUCAUCGAAAUAUGGCUUCAACACGGUUGUUCCACUUCUGAGAUCUUAAUAAAAAGCUAUGAUUGGGCUCAACAAAAUGGGCAUGUGGACAAAAAAGACCGCCGGUUUUACGUGACCCCUAAUGACAUUCGACUUUUAAAGAAAAAACUCAGAGGUGUAAGUGACAGUGAUUCUGUCAGUGUGGACCAUUUGGUUUCCAUGGAACUCAGAGACAACAUCUGUUUUUAUCAGCCACUUCACAAUGAAGAACCAUUCAUUUUAGUUGUACAAACACCAUUUCAAAAACAACUUUUGCAAGAGAACCCCCAUCCAAUGGUUUUCAUGGAUGCUUCAUACAAAGGCAUAACAGCCUACGGGUAUGCAUUUUAUGCACUGUUAUUGAUAAACAAAACUGGAAGAGGCGUGCCAUUUGCCUAUUUUAUCCUGAGCAAGGAAACUACUGCAACCGUAAGCCUCUGCUUACAGAAGCUUCAAUUGAGUAACCCAGGCUUCUAUCCAAGGUCAGUGAUGAUGGACCGUGACUUGAGAGUGCUUAACGCUAUUAAAAGCGUUUUCCCAAAGGCAAAGCUUCUCCUUUGUUGGUUCCAUGUGCUUCAGGCUGUUAACCGGUGGCUUGUGAAGACAGAUGGAGGUCACCUGACACCUGAACAAAGAAAUGUGGUCAUUCAUGCAAUGGCAUCAAUGAAAGCAUGCCUGACGGAGGAAGAGUUUCUCAAUGUAUCUGCCAAGAAAUGCAGUGAGAUCGACAACUUUUUGGAUAGUCCCCAUGUAACAACUUAUCUGAAGACAAAUUGGUUUACUUAUGCGGAGCUGUGGGUAAACUUUGGAAGAACGUUCUAUCACUGUAGCAGUGAGACAAACAACAAGGCUGAAAGAUUCUUCCUUACAUUGAAAUACCAGUUUCUGCGAGGCCAGGCAAACCGAAGAGUCGACCAACUUCUGCUCUUGCUAUGUGGAGAUGUAGAAAAGUAUUACAGCUACAUGGAUGGCCUCAGCGAAGCAGGACGACUGACAUUAUCCACCUCUGCUGCUCACCAGGCUGCUGCGCUGCUAUUUAAAAAUGGCAUGGGCAAAGAUUUGGACAUAGAAGCGGGGCAGUGCUCUGUGCCGUCACAAUCAACCAACACAGCCUACAAAGUUAACUUGUUACACUUCACGUGUGAAUGCACCAAUUUCCGGAUGGGAAACCUAUGCAAACAUCUUCUCUUGGUGAAGAUGGAGGUAGACAGGAGAGGUAUUGACAUUGAAAAAAUGCGGAAUACUAAAGCGUUAGAAAUCAUCAGCCUCCGUCUCUACCAGCAGACUGAAGAUGAAAUAACCAUCUUCAGUAGUGAUGGGACUAUGAGUAUUGUGAAUAGGAAAACUCCGACUUUGUGCACAUGCAUAGCUAAUAGUUUUGGAGAAAGAUGUGUUUGCAUACAUGUCACACAUGUCCUCAAGCCUCAAGACAUUCUCACAGACCCCGACGAUAAUGCACACGUUUCUGAAGCCUCCCAUAAUCCUCCCAUACAGUCCAUGUUAUUAGACCUACUAGAGUGGAGCAAGUCCGAAGCAUUUGAACAUACCCCUGAACUUUACAAUACCAUCCAAAGAGCACACAAGCUGGCUUUUGGAAAAUUCACUGCUGUGUCCAGAAAAAGAAAAAUUACCCCUUUACAUGGUUACCGUAAAAAAAUUAAAAAAGCUAGACUGCAGAGAGCAGUAGUUGAGAACUUUAAAAACAAAAGAAGAGCAAGAAGCACUUAAUUCUGUUUUUCUGGAGGUGCCACUGUUUGCAUGUGAAAGUGCCCGUCUUGAUUGGUUGAUUAAUUUUCUUGGUAGUUCAUAAGGUAAAUAAAAUACUGAUAAUUAAAUCAAAGCUUUAUGAAGUUUUGGGAAAUAUAUAGACUACUUACAUUAAUGGCACAAGCAAUAGUAGUGUUUUACCAAUGUGAAAUGUAAAUUAUACCAGCAGUGGUGAAGUACACAGGUCCUGUAAUUUAGUAAAAGUAUUGAUCCCAAAUAAAAAUAUAUGUACUCACAAUUACAAAUAAAGAAAAUAACUUUAUAACUU